GCAAAAUCACAUCGCGAUGAUGAACGAUAGGCAAUGAUGAUGCUGAUGGUGACGCUGCUGCCCCUUUGUUGACGAGUGAUGAAGUAUUGUGAUACAGACUCUUGUGGAACUGUUUUGGUGCAACUGCCUCUCACAAUUCAGGCUUUGCUUAGCUGUUGCGUAAGUAUUCUGUACCUCUCUGUUACUCAGUGUAAACUGCCAAAUUCCAGCCACCCAUGACAACGGCACAGUGACGUGAUAGAUUUCCCUUCCCGUGGCUUGCUCUCCUACCUACAAUGUUUCUUUUCUUUACCCACCCUCAUCUCGCUUCAGUUGCAUAACUCUUCCAUUCUCAUUCCUCCUCCAAUUCUUUACCUUCUAAUUCCCCCGAGGUGAUUCCUAUCAUCACACUCUUCUGCGACCUAACUCCUGUCAUUUCUUCGCGACUUGGCAUUGUCUACACAAGGAACAAGAUUUGUACCAACAUUUCCAUCUCUCUGAAGCAGACGCAGCAGCCAAAAUGAGAUUUUUGAACGCCGUCUUGGCCACGGUAGCCAUCAACGGUGUCACCGCCAGCACAUGGUUCCCUGGCUCAAAGCCUGUUUACAACAAGUGGCACGAGACCGAGCUGGAGCGCUGGCUCUCAGAUCACGAUGUCCCCUACCCAACACCUGCCGACCGCAAGGAUCUCGAGUCCUUGAUUGAGAAGAACUGGGAGAAUUACGUUGUUACUCCUUACAACAGCUGGGACACCAACCAACUCAGCUCUUACUUGCAAUCAAAGGGUAAGGAGGCCAAGAACGAGGCCGCUGCCUCAAAGGAUAGCCUUUUGUCCCAGGUAAAGGCCAACUGGUAUGAGACUGAGGGCAACGCCCAAUCUGCCUGGCUCAACGUCAAGGAUUGGAUUCUCGACACUUGGACUGAGAGCCAGUUGAAGGCAUUUGCCGACAAACAUGGAAUUCCUGUCCCCCAACCCCGCCACCGUGAUACGCUUCUCCAGAAGGCUCGCUCUAGCUACGAGACCGUUGCCAAGAAGGCCAACCAGGCUUCAUCGUAUCCCGGUAACUGGCUCUACGAAACAUGGUCCGAGUCUGAUCUCAAGGAAUGGCUUGACACCCAUGGAUUCCCCGCCCCUCAACCCAUGACACGCGAUAAGCUCAUUGCCUCCGUUCGACGCAACUCUCGUCUUGCCUACCUCAAGGCUCAGGAUCAGGCCGCUAGUGCCACCGCCAGCGCUCAGGGCGCAUAUGCCACUCUCACUGACAUGAUCAUUGAUGCCUGGAGCGAGUCCCAGCUCAAGGAGUUCUGCGACAAGAACGGUAUUGCUGUUCCUCAGGGCACCAAGGCCAACGAACUCCGCGCCCUCGUCCGCAAGCAUCGAGCCGAUAUCCUCGGUGAUAACAUUUCUGCCAGCGCCGCAUCCGCUUACGGUGCUGCUACCUCUAACGCCCAGAACCAGUACGCCAAAGCCACCGACAGCGCUUCUUUGGCUGCUCAGGAUGCUUUCAACCAGGCUGUUGGAACUUGGUCCGAUAGCCGCCUCAAGUCUUACCUCGACGCUCGUGGCGUCCCUGUUCCCCAGGGCUCCAAGAAGAGUGAGCUCGAGGCUCUCGUCCGCAAGAACGCCCACGUUGCCUACCACGGUGGAAACGCCUGGACCUUUGAUGACUUCAGCUACGACAACUUGAAGAAGUACCUUCAGCGCAACGGAGAUGCUGCUGCCAAGCAGGUAGCCGAGAAGAAGGAUGCCACUCGCGAUGAGCUCUACGAUGCUGCUCAGUCCGCCUACUCUUCCGCUUCUUCGGCCGGAGGAUCUACCUGGGCUUCAGCCACUAGCUACCUUACUUCGGCCACUAACUCUGCCAAGCAGUCUGCCUUCGAUGAGUGGACCGAGACUGAUCUCAAGGCCUACCUCGAUAGCUAUGGUGUGCCUGUGCCACAAGGAUCUAAGCUUGAGGAUCUGAAGGCUGAAGCACGAAAGCAAUCCACGUACUUUAGGUACGGCACCAGCUCCCCCACUGGAACUUUCUUCGCUAAGCUCGGAGAAACUGCCCGCGACACCUACAACUGGGUUGCCAACCAGCUUCAGCUUGGUGGCCAGGCUGCGAAGCAGAAGGCUGCGGAGGCCGAGGCUGAUGCUAAGGCAAAGAUCCGUGAGGAGCUGUAAUGCGCUGAAGACACCCGAAACAUUUGAGUUCAGUGCUCAGAUGGUUGAAGAUCCUUGUGGUCUUGGAACAUGCGAUAUCAGUGCGGCAGGUUGCCAUUGAUGAAAAGGCGAGAAGACAAGGUCAAAGCUGGCUAUAUUUUAGCCAUAACGAGGAAGACUAUGGUACUUUAGGUCGUUUGCUUUAGCAGCUAGUUAUGUUUUACGAAUCCUGUUUUGUUAAUCACAUGAGAAUGAUUGUCAAUUAAUGUGAAUGUCGAUAAUUGAG